AUGCAUCCCGCCCAGGCCUUUGUCACGGCGUACCUAACAGCCAUCUCAACCCGCGACAUCGCCGCCCUGCCCGACUACUUCUCGCCCACAGCCACGUGGUGGACCUCCGGCAACCCAGUCCGCGUGCCCAACGCGGGCGGCCCCAAGCCCGUGGAGGAGCACCUGCCGCUGCUGACGGGUCUCCUGGGCCUCUUCGACGAGUACGCGUACGACGUGGUCAACAUGGUCGGCGAGGGGGGCAACGUCAUGGUCGAAGCCCAGGCGCGCGGCGUGCUGGGCGACAUUAUUUACGUGAACAACAUUACGAGCGCGUUUGCGGUCGAGAGAACGGGCGGACGGGCGGGCCAGUGGCGGAUCGAGAGUGUGAGGGAGUACCCGGACCACAAGGAAAUUGAGUGGUUGAAGGAGCAGUUGGCGUCUCUGCCGUCAGAGUGA